AUGUUGCUCACACUGUCUAACCCGGUCAAGUCCGACUUCGACUUCAAACCCCAUGCCUACUCUGCAGCCUUUUCAUCUUCAGCCGCUACUCGAUUCUCUGACAAGCUCCACGGCGGGCCACCUUCCUCAUCACAGCCUGCCGAGCCUCCUUCUCGCACAAUGGGUACACCACACCGGGGCCUCCCUCCCCCUUCGGCAAUGACGCUACCAGAUCCCGCGCGAGGCCCUCCACCGCCGUCUUCCUCACUGGGCCAAUUACCUCCGGCGCCGUCUCAGUGGCAAGGUGCCGAAGACGGCAUGAAGAACUGGCUUGCGACCAAGGCCGAGGAGGAGAGGCGAAAGCAAGAGGAGGAGAAGACGAGGCAGGAGACGUUGCGGCUCGAGCAACGCAAGGUCGAGCAGUCGAUGCUUCGAGAGUCGAUGCAAGGCGGCAUCCCGCCUCACCUAGUGCCCAUCAUCUUCGCUGGUAUCGGUGGCGGCAAUCUUGCCAACAUCAGCGCCGAGUGGAUACAACAGUACACGACCCAGGUACAGGCUGCUCACCAACAAGCCCAGGCGCAGGCGCAGCUUUCCCCUGACCUUCGGCGAGACCCAAGGCUGCUCGCACAGCAGUCGUCGGCAGCGGCGGCAUACGCUGCUCAAGUACAGGCAGCGCCGUCGAUUGUGCCACCACCGUCUGUUCUGCCGGGCCAGACUUUGCCUUCACAGGGCCAACAAACGCCCCUUUCGACGCCUGGAUACGCUGCUGGUGGACCGGCAUCACCACGCGCAAGAGCUGCACAAGCUGGUCUUGGUGGCGCUCCUACAUCUGCGCCGCGGUCCUUACCACAGUCUCAACUCCCACGGUUGACGACCAACGAAAUCAACAUACAACAGCCUCCAGUCACUCCAGCCGGCGUGCAACAACUACAACAGACGCAGACGCAGCAGCAGGAGCAAUCGUCGCCUUCAAUCUACUUCCACCACUGGGUCCCUCCCUCGUCGUCUUCGCAAGAAAAGAGCUCGAGCGGAAACCCGCCGGCUACGCCUUCAGGUAAAUACAAAACUUCGCCUGUUCACCAGUCACGGCAACGUGCAGCGUCGCAUGCGUCUGACGUAGAAUACACCAGCUCCCCCAAAAAGCGCAAGGCUCAAGGCCCACAUCACCCAGCGCCACCACCUACAUCGGCGCCAGGAUCCAACGCAUCGCCCUCGUUUUCGCACAGAUCAUCAUCGUCAACGUCGACACCUGGACGGCGAGGCCAUGCCCGAAACCGAUCUGAUGCAUCCACGCGCGCGCCGGACAGCUCCAGCGGUUCAUUGAGUCGACGAGGCACCGUCUCUGGACUCGCGCAUGAGACAAUCGUGCGGCAAGGCGACCGAGCAGAAGAAGCAAGAGACGCAGAGGGCAAAGCACAUGCCAGUCCAGACCACACGUAUGCGUCUGCGUCUCAGCGAAAUGAGCAAUCAGGACACAGUCAGCCAAAUUACGCGCCGACGUCAAUGGCUGCUCAACCUGAAACUCCCAAGUACGGCACUCAGCAACAUUGGGAUCGGGGAUAUAUGUCAUCACCUAAACGGGAAGCAGGUGAUCAUUAG